AUGUCCCUCGGGGGGACCACAGGCGACAACACGCGCCUGCUUCGGAAGGCUCCAGAGGAGGAGGAGGAGGAGGAGGAGGAGGAGGAGGAGGAGGAGGAGGAGGAGGAGGAGGAGGAGGAGGAGGAGGAGGAGGAGGAGGAGGAGGCGAUGCAGGCGGAGGGCGUGCGGGAGGUGGCCGUGGCAACUGGCCUGGAGGUGCUGUACCAGGAGACCCCCAACUACCGCGGAGCGGCGGCCGAGGCUGACCGCAUGAUCGAGCCAAGGGAGACGGCUAGGCAUGCCUGGCGAGUGCCAGACCUGGGCGUAGAGCCUGUUGCUAGUGCUGCAGAGGAGGCGGUUACUGAGGGGGGACCGUCUGGACUAGGCGGAGGGAGGAAGGGGGCGACGAGUGGAAAGACGAAUGGCGCAAGCGCCGAUGGUGAGGAAGACAAUAGUGGAGGAGUGGACGGUCAAGGCGACGGAGUGUCUCUUCCACCGGGGGACGAUUGGACUCGUCGCAAGUGGCCUGAUUUGGGCAGCAGCGGGAGCAGCUUCAGCCUGAGCAGCAGCAACAACAGCAACCCCACGUUUUCUGGUUUCCCCCCGCCACCUGUCGCCAACAAUGGCUCCGCUAGUCCUGAGCGCAAGCUGGGCUGGCGCCGUCGCUCGCUCUCCGUCUUGCCGCACAAGGCCGCUCUCAGAUCAACCUCCCCCCUCCGCGGCGUCUUCCCCAGCGUGCAGUCGCUGGGCGGCGGAAAGGAGUCGGCGGCGGGAAACGCGCGGGCUCAGCGGAAGGGCGGGGGCAAACUCGCCAGCGAAGCGGAACGCGCGGGGGCAAUGCCGGUUGGGGGAGCCGCCGGAGCAGCAGGUGGGCCGGCGGGCGCGGUGAUGAGGCGGCAGGGGCUGAACCUGGGUCCGCGGGGCUCCCCGCAGGGGCUGAACGCGCUAGAGGACGUGCUUAAGGGCGGAUGGUCCUCCGCCGAGUCCUCGCCCGCCGUCACCCCGCAGCGCUCCAUGACCGUUGGGGUCGACAGGACCGGCGCUAGGAGGGGCGGCGGGGCUGCUGCGCCAGCUUUCGCCUCGCCGCCCUCUUUUGGCGGGUGGGAAAGGCGAGCCGCGGCAGAGGAAGCGGGAGGAGCGGGAAGGGCGUCAGACCUGGGUGGGUGGGGUGACGGGGAGGAGGGAGGUGCUGUGGCGAGGGGUAGCGGGCUAGGAGGCGAGGCGGUCAUUCUGGGAACGGGAAUGACGGCGGCAAGCGCGGGGAUGGGGGCUGGACAUCCGCGGAUGGUAGGCGCGCAGGCAGGAGGUGGUGGGAGCCCAUUGCGCGCAGCGGUGGGCCUGAGUGGUAGCGCGGAGGACGGGAGAACUGGUGUGGAAGGUAGGUGGGGCGAUGAGGAGCGAGGGCAGAAGAGGGCGAUGCGGUCCAAGACGGGCGAUGGGGCGGCGGCAUGGGCGGGAUGGUCGCACGCAGGCGAGGGGUGGCGGGCGGACGCGGGGAACGGAGGGGAGGCGCAAGAGCACAGGGACGCGACCGGCGCGCAGGUGCUGGGGCGGGCGUGGAGCAGGGCGGGGGAGACAGCAAACGGCAUGGGCGGGGGCAGAGGGGCAGCAGCGGAAGGCGCAGGGGGAAUGGGGAGCAACAAAGGAGCCCUGCCAGGCGUGUGGGGCGGGAGGGGGGCAGGGGGCUUAGGGAGACCUGCUGUGGGGAGGCUGGGCGGCGGGGCAAUGCAUGGGGGGAGUGUGGUGGGCGCAGGCCAGGGGAGAGUAACGGCGAUAGCACGUCACCGCAGUCAGAGUCUGGCGGACCUGCUGCAGACGCAGACAGGCGCAGGGGGGAGGUCGGAGGGCGAGGCGGAUGGGCGCGGCGAGGACAGCGGGAGUGGCAGUGAUGGGGAGGGGGAAGGGGAGAAGUGCAUGCGGCGGGGCUUCAGCCUGAACGCCAGUGGCAGCAGCGCGGGGGGCAGCGGCGCGCAUGUGAGCCACAGCGCCCUGGGACGAGGUGGCGCGCAUGUGCUGCGCCCUCCGCAUCUCCCCAGCCCCAGCCUGAGCGCGCUCCCCUUGCUCUCCCACGCCUCAUCCGUUCCCACCGUUGCUCCCCAAUGGAGGGGCCCGCGGGAGGGAGGGGAGUGGCCAGGGAAGGCGGCGGAGCAGGUGGAGGAGCGGGAGAGGGAGGCGAGAGGGAAGGGAAGAGGGGGAGGCGGCGGGAAAGGCGUAAUUGAUGGGCGGUUUGCGUGGGACGUUCCGUGGCAGGGACUCGUGAAGGGGGAGGGAGGUGAUGCACAGGAGAGGACAUGGGACGAGGAACGCAGGCAGGGCGGGCAGGGAGGGCGGCAGCGCAAGGAGCGAGAGGAAGGAGGUGGUGGUGAAUUGGAGAGGGAGGGGACUGAGGAGAGCAGUGAGGAGUGGGAGGAGCAGGAAGACGGGAGGGCGAAGAACGGCGGAGUGCGAAAGGAGCAGGAUCUAGACGAGACAGAGAGUGAGAGCGAUGGGGAGAGCACGAGUGAGAGAGGUAGCGGUGGUGUGGAAGAGGAGGGGUCUGAGGGCGAAGGCAGCACGGGUGAGAGUGCGCACUGGCAGCAGCAGGGCGGACGUGUGAGCGAGCAGGGAAACAGUGGCAGUGGGGAGGGGUCGGUGGUGAUGGUGGAGAGCGACAGUGAUGCAGACGUGCAGAGCGAUGCAGCGUGGCACAGCGACGCUGAUGGGCGCAGUGCUGCCCCCUCUCACGCUUCCUCCGAGGGUGCUCACAGUGACGCUCGUGGUCAUGUUGUGGUUCAGGGGAGAGGACAUGCAAGCGAUGGGAGGGUUACUAGGGGGUACGGUGGUGAGGGUGGUGGUGGUGGGGUGGAGGAGAGAGCAGGGCGCGAGCAGACUGCAGUAGAUUUGAAGGUACGCGGGAGAGAGCACGGACAGCUGUUGAAAGGGGGGAGGGAUGAGGAGGAGGAGGAGGAGGAGGAGGAGGAGGAGGAGGAGGAGGAGGAGGAGGAGGAGGAGGAGGAGGAGGAGGAGGAGGAAGGGGAGGAGGAGGAAGAGGAAGGGGAGGAUGACGAGGUGGUAGAUGCAGUGCCUAUAUCGCCCACGAUGCUUGCUCUCCUCACAUCCUCCACCACGGCUUACCCCCACCCGUACCCGCUCUCGCCCUUGCACCAUGCGGCCUCCCAGCCUCCCAUGCACAUGCUGAAAGCCAGCAGCAGCAGCAGCGGCAGUGGCAGUGGCGGCAGGCGACUGACAGGGAGUGGGGGCUCUGCCCAGUGCAUGCGAUUUACUGUUCAUGGGCUCAGCAUGGGACGCGGUGGGAUGCCCGCCCCUGUCCAGCAAUGCCUGCCACACACUCAGCUCCGUAGCAUCUUAGAGCUGCUCGUUUUCCCAUCUCACUCUCCCUCGUGCCCUGCUGUGCUCGUCGCCUCACUGCAGGUGGCACCACCCCAAGCUGCGUACAAGGCCAGCCCUGCCACUCCUUCCACGUCCACCCAUGCCACCGCUGCUGCACCUGCCACCACCGCCACCACCGCCACCACCGCCACCACCGCCGGUCCUCUGAACACCAGCAGCAGCCCCGGCAGCCACUUCCCCCUUCGGCCUUCCCCUGCCUUUGCUGCUGCCAGACCCCCCCGCCAACCGGCAAUGCCAGGGGCACAGGCAGCGGGGGGAGGGGGAUCAGCAGGAGGCGAGGGGGGGGAUGGAGGGGAGUUCGGGGCGCGGGGCAGGAGAGAGGGUUCGGAGAGGAGGGCCCUGAGUCAGCCUGCUUCCCUGCCCCCGUGUUGCUCCGUGCACGACCACCAUGUGCAGAUCCCGCCACUCGAUUCCCCAUCACCCACGCACGCGUCACCGUUUGCAUCACCGCACGUGCCAGCAGCCGCCGCCUUCCCCUCCUCCUCGUCCGUGCCAGCCUGCAUGCCCUCCUCCCGCUUCGCCCCCUCCCCUCCGCCCUUCGCUCUCGCCUCCCUGCGCACCUCGUCCCUGCAGCCCUCUGCUGACCCAGCAGCAGCACCAGGGGGCUCGCCACCCGUAUUCUCCAGUGCAUCAGCAGGUGGUGGGCCCGCAGCGGCCUCACCAUCAGCACCCAAGCCAUUGACCUAUCCAGUACCAUCAACAGGAUCAGCGGCAGGAGGGCAGCGUGUGUGUGUGCGGUGUGAGGGAGUGGAGAUACCCAAGCAGGCGCGCAUAGGCGGUGACAUCACCGUGUGGUUCACCCUUCGUAACUUCUCCAAACGACCGUACGCCCCCCCUCCUCGCUCCCUCUUCACCCCCACCUCCUAUCACUCACAACAAAGCAUCUGCUGCUCAUGGUCGCCUGCUGCCGUGGAUCUCGCCCACCCCCUCCUUCCUCAUCCCCGGCCUUUGCAUUUGGACACCUUCCCCCACUCUUCCCCCAACCCUUCCACCCCCCGUUUCCCGUCACGCCCUCGCCCUCCUCUACGCAGAGUGCGGGGGCAGGUGGAGCUGGUGGUGAGGGUGCAAUGGCACACGGAGCAGGGCGAGGCGGUGGAGAGGGAGGCCAGGGAGCUGGCGCUGCCCAUGGCGCCCGCAGACCGCACGCGUGUGGACGUCAGAGUGCCCCUCGAUGACGCCGCUGCCGCUUUCUCCCACGCCUCGCUCUCCGCACACCUGGUGCUUGCAGGCACGCCCGCACACCACAGGCGCAGUGAGGUGCGGCUGGUGCCACCAUACACAGGCCACCCCGCGCACAUCCUGCUGCUCUCAGACGCCUCGCUCUCCCGCCCUCAGUUCCUCACCUGGCGCUCCAUCGCCGCCCUGCUGCACCUCUCCCUCUCCGUCUGGGAUAUCGCUCUGCACUCCUCCCUGCUCCCCCCUUCCACCCCUUCUUCCUCCUCCGACCCCUCCCAACCGCGCUCCACCGCCGUACCCUCUCCUGCGAUUUCUGCAAUUGCCGCUAGCAACCCGUCGCUCCCAGCAGAAAGCAUGCAAGAGACACGCGCAGAGCAGGUGGCGGGUGCACUGGAGGGCGAGUACUCUCACCUCGCUGCCAGGCCACCGCAUGCCGCAGCACCAGGGUCAGUGGGCAGUGGUUGGGGGGGAGAGAGAGGGGGAGGCGGAGGAGGGGGCAUGGGCGCGGCGAGUGGGAGUCGGUCGCUGCAGUGGCAGCACGAGCAGCGCAUGGCGGCAUCCAUGAAUGAUGCUCUGCUCGCCCGCUCCACACAGGGGGGCGCCCAUGCGCCCGUGCAUGGUGCCGUGCAGCACAGUGCAGCGGAGAGCGUGCGGUCGUGGAACGACGCACCUCAGUUCCGCUCCGCUCCCUUCUCAUCCUUGUCUGCUUCCCAUGCCCCGCUUGUCGUCUCGGUUGCGCCCUCGCAGCCACGCGUGUUCGCACAUGCACACACUUACAGCAUGCAGCAACAGGUGCAACAAGUCCAGCUGCUCCCACAGCAACAGCUGAACCAGCAUCAGCAGCAGCAAAUCGGGUUGAGCAGCAACGGUGCUGCUCGCUUUCACUCCCACUCGCGCCCGCCUGAGCUGGUCUUCCCAACUUCCCCGACUGCCUCCUCCCAUUACCCUGCCCCAUUGUCUCCCACGUCUCCUUCCCUUGCUCUCCCAGACUCACCUGCCUCCCCACAUCCCUCACACCACCCGCCCUUCUCUCCCACCGGUCCCACCUCCGUCUCUCACACCCUCUCCUAUGCCCAUGACUCCACGCCUGCGGCACACCUCUCAUCACGCCAUGCGCUGCUGCUGUUGACGCAGAAGGGCCCGCGGGCCAAGCACCUGCGCCACCUGCUGCAUAAGGCCCUGCCUCGCGUGCUCGCUUCUGCCACUGUUGCCGCUGGUGGUGGGCAGAAUUCUGCUGGCGCUGCUGCUGCUGCGCGUGAUGCUGUGGCUGUGCUGGCGGCGGGCAUAGAUCCCAGCGACCUGUGUGAGUUCCUGCGAGUCUCCUCGCGCCUCGUGCGCUGCGUGGAAGUGCCUCUUUCACGGAUGGGUGACGAGGGUGUGCCUGCUAAGGCCACUCGCAAGGGGAAAGGCAGGGCCAGCAUGCUCGCUUGCUUCCGCCCGGUGUCCCCCUUUGCAGCUGCCUCGGCGCACGCGUAUAAGCUUCAUGAGAGCCUGCAGCAGGAGUUUCCAGAGUUUCGCCAUUUCGUCUCCAUCGACCUGCACUCAACAGACGGGCCUGCCCAAUUGAAACAUUUCCGCUGCCCGCUGCCGGCCAUGCUGCGCGUGCUUGCGCUGCCAACAGAGUCCUUCGACCCCCCUCCAGAUGACCUGAUAGUCGCGGGGCACCUGGGCGUGGGGGAUACAUCUGAUGAGGACAGCGAUGGGGAUGGGGAUGGUCACAGUGAUGCUCAUGAUGGUGAAUAUGAUGGCGCUCGUGAUGGUGAUGCUCAUGCGGAUGGGUAUGGGGAUGUGGGUGAGGAUGGCGAUGGGGAUGGAGAUCGGGAUGGGGAUGGGGAUGGCGAUGGGGAAGGAUAUGAUGGCAGUGCAUGGGCAGAGCUGGACAGCCAUGGGGGCAUGAAUUCAUACGGCAGCAGGGAUGCGGGAGAUGCGAGUGAUGGCAAUGCAAGUGACGCCAUGGGGGGCGGGCAUGCGAAUGGCUUUUCGGAUUCUGGCACGGUGCUUGACAGCGGUGACUGGGGUGCUUACAGGGAUGACAGGGGCCACGGGGGAGCGCAGGCGCACAAGGGAGAGGAGGAGAAGGGCGGCACGAGGAGGGGGAGGUAUGCGCGGGGGAGCAGCACAGCGAGUGUGGUGUUUCACGAGGAUGCGGACGCGGAUGACUGGGGUGCUGGCCUGGGGGGCUACUCCCGGAGCACCACUCUCGGGGGCGGCAGGGAGAAGGACAAGGGGCGAGGGGUGGCGGUGCAAGGUGCUUCGGAGAAUGGUUGGGGGGCAGGGGCUUCGGUGAAAGCGUUGCGCGCGUCGUCAAUGCCCCGUCAGAGGGCGAGCGGGCAGGCAAAAGGCGGAAAGCACGCUGUGUCUCCUCCCACGCGCCCUCCUGCUCGUGCCACUUCCCGCCCUGCUCCUGCUGCUGCCAUUCGCCCUCCCAACCAGCGAUACGCCGCCGCUGCUGCUGACGGCUGUGAGGGGCAGGAGCAGGAGGAGAGGGCAGGGCAGCAAGAGCGGCAGUUGAACCGCAACCUGUCUUUCCAGGGCGAGGGGUGGGACGGCAGUGGGGCUCACAGUGACGUGGAGCAGCGGCAGCAGCCGCAACAGCAGGAGGGGCAGCGGGGUGAUGCCAUGGAGGGCAAUCAAGGCUCAGCGUGGACGCCAGGGGGAGGGGGCGGGGAAGACGAAUGGGGAAGUUAUUCCGAGCCAAACAACAGGAUGCAGCGCAGCAGACCACAGCAGCAGCGGCAGCAGCAUGGGCGGGGAAACCAGGAGGGCCCCCAGGAAUUGAGUUCCCAAGGGCGGCAAGGGAGACGCAUGAGAUCACGCCCACCACCGGAGCCUCACUCUCCGCCGUCGCCCCUCCACCUGCCUGUGCCAGCCACCCUCCCUGCUGUGCCCAGCGCCAAGGAUACCUUUGCCUCCCCGGACUCCACGCCCCCUCUCCCCCGGCGCAGCAUCAGCAUGGGGCGUGCGACCACGGGGGCGUCCCUGCCGUCGCGGCUGGCGGACAUGGUGCGCUCCCUCACGCCCUCCCGCUUCGACUACCGCCGCCAUGCACACGAGCAGCGCCAGGGGGCAGAGGAGGAGGCGGGGGAGGAGGGCAGGGAGUUGAGGGCGGUGCAGAGCUUGAACAGCCGUGGCUUCCGAGGCAGCCGCAGUCACGUGAGGGCAGCAGGGAGUGGCGAGGGGGUGGGAGGUGUGGUAACAGUGGCAGCAGGGAGCAGCUUAAGCCGGCUUGGUUUGGGGAAUCAGGGGGCGAGCGCAGGGAAGCAGGGCACGGGGAGGGGUAGAGAAGGGGCCGGGAGGCGGUGGGGUGGAGGGAGAGGCGGUGGGAAUGGUAGCAAGGGUGAGGGCGAGGGGCCAGUUGAGCUCACGUCCUCGCUCUCCCUCCCCAUGUGGGUUUCGGCUCGCAAUCAACCCAGGGAUGUCAGCCCCACGCGCCUCUCCCUGCCACGUGGCAACCCCUCGUUGCGCCACAUCAGCAGCAUGGGUGCAAGGACCACGAGUCGAGUGAACUCCCUGGCACGGAGUGUGAACAAAGCGCCCACUGCCCCUAACCGCAAGGGCCACCUGGGUGCCGCUGACCCCCCCACUUCCUACACCCGCAGCCUCAGCGAGAGCCAUGCCACUGCUCGCCGAACAACUUUGCCAAACCUGCUGGCGAGCCUCGGAAAGCCACCGAAGCUGGUGCCUUUGGAUGGGGAGGGGUCGGAGUACGGGAUGGCAGUGGUGGCGGUGCUGUCAGCGCUGCCCAUGCGCGCCAAGGUGGCUGCUGCCCUCGCAUCGGGCGUGCAACACAGCGCAGGAAUGGGUGGUGGCGGUGGUGGAACCUCGUUUGAGGGCUACACAGGCACCUCCGUGCAUCGCCUCACCUUGCUGCAGGUGGUGGCAGCAUGCAUAUGGGCGGAGCUGCAGUACGAUCUCCUCCACUCACGGCCAGCCAUAGAAGCAGCAGCUGCAGCAGGGCCCGCCACCUCACAUCCCGGUGCCUUCUCUCCCGCACUGCUCCUGCCGCAAGCUGCCGCCCUGCUGGCAGAGCUGGAGCGCCAUGCCUCCACUGCGCCUCACAGCACAACCUGGCCACCCCCUGACGAUGUCGUUCUCGCUCUCUCCUCCGGCCUCCUGGUCCUCGCCUUCUCCCCCACGCUGCCUGUCUCCGCCACCGCUCCCUCCGCUUCCUCCUUCCUCCGGUCCUCCUCCCUCUCUGCUGCCACCCUCUCCCGCCCCUCUCCUUCCUCGCUUCCUCACAACCCCUCGUCUCAGCCCCUCUCACCAGCAGCAGUAGCGGCAGUGCGAGCAGUGGCGAGCCAGUGUGUGUCACGCCUCAAGGGUCUUCUCUCGGCGCAAGGAGGAAGCCAGGGAAGGCUUGACAGUGGUGGCGGGUGUGAUGGGAGGAGGAGUGGGUGGCUGCCUGAGACUGCUGAGGAAGUGGCAGGGAUCCAAGCACAGCUGGCAGUAGCACAGCGCGUGCUGCCUGAUUGGCUGGGAGUGCACCGCGCUGCACAGGAAGCUGCUGCAGUGCACACGCUUGCCGUGCUCCUCGCGACCGGCUCCGAGUUCUGCCCGCAAUGUCUGUCGGAAACGCUCUCAGGGCCCGGUCUCGCGACGCACAAGAUCAUAUCGGCGCGCUUCUUCCUCGACACGCUUCGAUCCGAGCCCGACCUAUGCCGUCUGGUCGCGGCCGAGUCGCAUUACCUGCUCGCGGCUCCGCUCGUGCAGGCCCUCGCGUGCUCGCGAGACGAGGAACUUGCGGCUACGUUAGCGGACUUGGUGGUCUUUCUAGUGAGCAAGGGGAGCGGUCGAGGCGCAAGGAACGACGCGAGCGGGAGCGACGAGGGGUUGCUGCUGGAGAAUCUGGUUCGCGCGGUGGCGGUGGAGAUGGAUAAGAUCCCCGUCGCCUCCUCCUCCAGCGGCCACUGCUUCUUGCUGGUCCUUCUGGGGAAGCUCCUGACGGUCGCGUGCAACCGCUACAGCGCGUUGCCAGCGUGGUUGGCGCAGCAGAACGGCCUGUGGAGUCACGUGGUCAGCACGCUUCACAAGCAGGCACAGGACAGCAUCCGUGCAGAGAGCCUGUUCGUCCUGCACAAGCUCUGCAGCCUGCCAGGCGGCAUGCAGCUACUGGAAGAGAAGCUGCCUGGCAUGGUGUGUGCGGGCAUCGCCCUGCUGCUCUCCACGGACAGCAACGACGUCUCUGCCAACUGCGUCGCCCUCCUCACCGCCCUCUCCGCUCCCUCCCACCCUGCCUUCACGCUCUCAUCACUCGCUCGUUUAGACCACCCAGAAGCGCAGCAGCCAGGAGGUGCUGCCAUGCACGGGCUUGGUUCGCAGGGCUGCGUGGCUGUGGGUUCUCAGAACCCCCGUGCGAGCCAGGCGAUGCACACACAGGGCAAGGCCCCCCUGGGCCUGCGCAUGAUGCUGAGCGAGGGGCUCAAAAAGACUCUGCUCGCUGCUGACUCCGCCCUGCAGCUCGCAGCCCUGCACCUCAUCUCCCAACUCGCUCUCUCCUGUGCGCCCUCACAUGAUGGCUCUGGCUCCGACGAACGGUCCAGAUUUGACUGGGUGGCGAGGGAGGCGUGGGAGGUGGACUGGUGUAAGCAGGAUGAUAUGAGGGGGGGUGAUGGUGGGGGGAUGGUGGAUGAGCGGGGAGCAGCGGCGCUACAGGCGAUGCUGGAUGAGGGGCUGGCAGAGCACGUCUUUGAGCUGCUCCGGUCUGCAGAUAGCGGUCUAGUAGCAGACCCGUUGGUGCCGGCCGCCCUCUCAUGCCUGCUGCACCUCGCAGCGUCGCCUGGAGCUGCAGGGCAGGCGUUUGCGCGGCGCUUUGUGUUUGGCUUCGACACGCUCACAUCGCUGCUGCACAACGCCAUAGAGGCCAACGACUUCCACCUGCAGGCGCUCUCCAUCUCCGUCUUCCUGCACGCCCUGCGCUCCGCUCGCGCCACCCCUAGGGAUGCCAGUCAGUUCCCUCCAGCAAGGCUGCACGGGCUGGUGUCUGCUCUGGCAGGAGUGGUGCGGCGAUUCUGUGUGGACGUAAGGGAGAGGAAGCGCUGGGUGCUGGACCAGAAUGAAGCCUUCUCCACCGCCUGCUUUGGCCUUGCUGUGCUCGCCACGUGGCAGAGCAUUGUAGGCACAGAGAACAUGCAGCUGCUGCGGUUGUUGGAGCAGUGUGUGGGUGAUGGGGCGUCUAUUCUGCCAGCCCUUCAGGACGUGCCCAGCACGGGUGGAUCACUCACAGGCACGGGCGCCAAGCUCCAUGGGGCGUCCUCAGCAGCCCUCCCUGCAGCUGCAUGUGGUGCUGCAGGUGGGACGGAUGAGGUGGCUGUGGCUGUUCUCACCUUCCUGCACGCCUGUGCUCAGCGCUUCCUGCACGCCCAGGCCACCACAGCCGCUGCUGCUGCUCUGGCGUCGUCCCAGCAGGAUGCGGGGCUGUUGGCGAUGGUGGGGGGAUCGCAGGGCGUUCCCAUGUUCCACAGCAGCCAACAGGAGGGCGUGGGAAGGGGCUCAGCAAACCUUGCCCUGCAGUGCUGCAUUGACGACAUAGCCGCUGCUCUUAUGGCUGCUGCGGACAUGCACGUUGCUCCCUUCAUGUUCUCCCUGCACCCGCAGCUGCAGCCCCCACCUGGUCACAUGCACGCGCCCCAAUCAGCAGCAUCACCACCGCCCUUCUCCGACCCAGCGGCCAUUCUCUCCCGUGCAUACGACGUGCUCAGCCACAUGCUGGCGUGUCCCCUGCCCUCCCUUGCACCCAUCGCACGCCAGUUCGCAGCCAAGCUCGCCUCCAGCUGGACCCUCUCCCUCAUCUUCUCCUCCCUGCAAGCCUUCCACCCACCCACUGCCUCCUCACGUGCAGCCCCAUCCUGGCGGCCCCAGUCAGUCGCUCCUCCCCAGGCGUCAGAGGGCAGCAAGUGGGAUGUAUUGCGCAGGGCAAGUCUGCGCUUUGCAGUGCUGCUGUCUACCGUGGCAGCAACAGGCGAGGAGGGGCAAGCGGUGGUGCAGUGGGUGGUGGGCGUGGCAGGGGUGGAGCGCAUGCCGUGGGCUGUCAGUGACAUGGUGCUGCUGCUCGCACAGGGCAGGGGGGAACCGGAUGCUGGCAGGCUGGCAAGAGAUAUGCAGUGGCGCUACCAGGGGGGCGAGAGCAGGGAGGGGAGUGCUGGAGAAGAGGAGGAGGUGCAGGCGGUGCAGUGGAUGGUGCUUCUGAUUCUGUACGCUGCUGUGCAAUUCGAUGACAGGCUGGUGGACUAUGAGGACAUGUUUGGCGCGCUGCAGAGCUUGGUGCUCUCCAACCGCAUCCCACCACUCGGAUUGCCACUCCUCCCCCUCCCCUCCCUCACACCUUCUCCCCACAACCACCCCUCGGACGCCCACUCUCCCCCACCCCCCACCGCCACCCGCUCCACAUUCUUCCUGCUGGUGUUCCUGUCGCUGCACGCGCUGCUGCGCCCCUGCUGCUCCACUGUGUCGUUUGACGCGCAGCACCGCCUCCUCUGCUUCCUGCACCGCCACGCAACAGCCCUCUCAUUCCCCCUCACGGCCUGGCACCUGGCUCUACCGCACUGGAUCCUGUUACAGGACGGUCUAGAGGAGCUCAGCCACAGCCUCGUGCACUCCUGGCUCUGCACUGCUGCUGCCUCCCUGCCGCCUCCCUCUGCCUCAGGGCCCUCGCCCGGGACCAGCAAUGCAGCAGUAGCAGCAUCAAGCAGCGGUGGUGGCAGUUUAAGGAAUGUAGGUGAGAGUUUGGGCGCUGGUGCUUGUGCUGCGGGUGGUGAGACGCCGGAGCUGGAUGCUCUCGGUAGCUUGCUCAGCGGUGGCAGUGAGAGCAGCUAUGCGAGCAGCAAUGGAGUGGAUGAGAUGAGCGGUGACAAGGAGGAGGCAGGGAGGCGAUGUGCUAGGGUGGUGGCAGGGGUGGUGAGGGAGAUGUGGAGGGCGAGGGGGGAGUGGCAGCAGCUGGCACAGGUGACUGAGGCACUGGCGGUCCUGGUGGACAGGCAUCCACAUUUGAGUGCCCGAUUGGAGCAAGGGGCGCUCUCAACCAUGUACAUAGAGGCCAUGCUGCUGAGCGGCUCUAACCUACCGCCGCCUCUGCUGCUCGCCACCCUGCACCUGCUGGCCCGCCUGCUCUCCCACCUGCCCCCUAAGCCCCCCGUCCCUCCGCGCAUGGGAGGGCGGCUGCAGUCACCGCCACAGCAGGCAACAGCGUGGGAACACUUAGCACAGCAGGUGAGAGGAGAUGUUGAUGUUGCCUUUCUUGUGCUGAUUGUGGUUGAGCCACUGGUGGAAUCUACUGCUGUCAGCAGCACUGUGAACGCUGCGCCUCCCACUCCCUCACAACAAGAGCAGCCGCAACACCAGCAGCAGCAGCAGCAGCAGCAGCACUAUAGCCAGGCAUACAGGCAGGCGCAAGUGCAUUGUGGUGAUGGUGGUGCAGGGAGCGAGCAGGAGGAGCGUGGCGAGAGGGAGCAGGUGCUGGUGGGGGCGUUGAGCGUGAUCAACGCGCUGCUAUGGCACGCAACAACACUCUACACAUCCAGUGACGCUGAACCAUGCAGCCAGCCCAACGAGCUCAGCGGAGCAAGAUCAGGCGGCAGCCGUACAGUGGGCGAUGCGCGGCUGAUGGCAGUGGUGGAGGCAAACGAGGACGUGGUGAACGCGGCUGGCACCAUCAUGAUGAGCUCGGCUCUUGUGGCCUUCACAGAGGGGUGUGUGCGGGCUGCUGCACGUGGCAUCUGUGGAACCACUGGUGAUCUCGAGGACACGCCAGCAGUGGCUGGUGGGGGGACGCAAGGAGGGGGAUGUGGUGUGGGUGUGGUGCAGGCGCGAGGGAGUGGGGGAGUGUGGCAAGGCUACUCCUGCCGUGUGCUGCUCUCCUGUCUCACCUUCUUCAACCUGCGUGUCUCAUGGUACGUGCGCCCCUGCCCCCUCCACCCUACCACUAACGAUGCAUGCACCACUCUCACAGCCGGCACUCACAAUCAUGCCCUCCCUGCUGCGUGCCCCAACUGCCUGUCCUCCGUUCACAGGGUGCAUGCACUCGAGGCUGCAUCCAUUCUCCCCUCGGGCAUUCCACCUCUCAAUCUCUCGCUGCGGUUCUCGCCUCCAUCACCGCAACCAGCAGCGGCACCAGCAGCCCUAUCAGCAGCAGCAGAUGAAAGCGCCACUAUUCCUGCCGCAGGCUGUGCCAGUCAGGGCGACCCAGCAGCCCCCAUGCGGCAGGCGCAGCAGCAGGAGCGCCCCAGCGCGCUGAGCUUGGCCUCCGCUUGCGACCUCGCUGCCAUUCUGCUCGCAGCCGCUGCCGGCCAGCUGCCUGCCACCGUGCCCGCACACAGCAGAGAGCAGCGGGUGGGAGGAGCAGCGGGACCAGGCCGUCCCCCUGGGAACAGCAGUGGUUGCGGCAAGGCCGAUGGGGAUGAGAGGAAGGGAACGGAGAGCAGGUCAUGGGCAGGGAGGGCGGGUGGCAGAUGCGGGCAUGCGAGCAUGCAAGACUCCUUUGUGGCUGCUGAUCUUGCCUCGUGUGCCCUGCUCUCCUGCCUCUCCUCUCUCGCCCUCCCUGCACAUGCAUCCUCAGUACAGCCCCCUGCAGUAACAUUGGACCAAGGCGGUUCAGGUACCUUUGCCCGGCCUGCCGUACCACCCCUGCUGCCUGCACCUGGGAGCACCCCAGGUGAAAGCAACCUACGCCUGUCACAGCAGGAGCAGCAGGAGCGUCAGUACGAUGUACCAUCCUCUCAGCCCUCUCCCCAGACCCCUUCCUCUCCUGCUCCACCUGCUGCUCUUCCCUCUCUCUCUCCCACUGUCUUCUGGCCGAUCGCUGCUGCGCUGCAGCAUGCAGCCUCGUGCCCACACCCCCCUGUGCGGCGCAACACGUGCCUCGCCCUCUCCUUGCUGCUGCGCUGCUUUGAUCCAGCCUCUGUCGCUCUCCCCCUGGCAGCCAGCCCCUGGACUCGCCUGCUGCUAGACGAUGCCCUUGCCUCUAUCACUGCCGCCGCUGCUGCCACUGCUGCUGGACCUUCUUCUGCUGCUGUCACUGCUGUUGCACCAGAUGCAGCAGCGGUGCGAGCAGGUGAGGGCAGGCCUGCUGGGGAAGCAGUGCAAGCCCAGUCCACCUCGUGCCCCUCGCCCGCCUUGCUCGACCUCCUGCUCGCGCACAGCCUAGAAGCCCUUCACAUCGCUGCCUCCUGCUUUCACCUCGCCCCACCGACCGCCCCGCCUCGAUGGCUCUCUCAAAUCUUUCAACCUGCCCGGGUCUCUGCUCUCGUGGGCUCGCUCUGGCGAUCCCGUCAGCUGUCUCUGCCUGCCAUUGCCACGUGUCACAGGCUCAUUGGUGUCGGCCUGCUGCCUCGCUCCGUUCUGCCCCAGCUGCUGGACCUCGCUCAGGUAUGGGGAGCAGAGAGGAGGGGUGUGGGGGAUGAAGAUGUGUGGGGGAUGAAGAGGUGUGGGGGAUGA